AUGACGACAUAUAUAAACUGGUAUUCUGAUAUUGAUUUGGUAUAUUGUGAAUUUAACAUUUUCAAGAGUGUUAAGAAUGUUAAUAGAUCAUGGAUACCAAUGAGAUUAAUUAAUAUUCUUUGGUUAUUUGUGUGUCCUUUUUUAUUUCUAAUUGCUUAUUCAAUAUAUUAUAUAAAUGAAGGUGCAAGUAAUUUAAAUAUCGAUCGAGAUAAUUUCUUGAACGUUAUAUUUGUUAAAAAAGGUUGGUUCUGGACUACAAUUGUAGUUUGGUAUUCAUUGUUUAUGACAAAUGUAAAUUUAAUUAAUAAAAAAUUCAUCAAGAGAUAUUUUGCGCUAACUUUUUGGUGGUAUGUCUUUACACAAGGGAUAUCAUUUUUAAAUAUACCUCCUGUAAUGGAUAUAUGGUUCGUAUACACUGGUGGGGUCUGUAGUUUUGAUGUUUUUGAUGAUCUUGGUGGUGCUAAUAUUACAUUCCAAGAUACUUCUUCAAGACGUGUAAAAGCAAUUAAAAAGCUAUAUAGUAUUUUGUUGAAGAAUACAGAUGGCGUUGCGACUCAGGGACAUAUACAACGUUUAAAAUGUGCUCUUGAUAAUAAGAGUAAUUGUAAUUCAGUUUCUUCUCCUCCAAAUAUAAAUGCUGACAUUAAAAAUACGGUUUUCAAACUUGAUCCGUUAGUUGAUAUGGUCUCUUCAAAUUGUAGAGCCCAUGGUGGCCAUUGGGUUGGCGGGCACGAUCCCUCAGGUCAUAUGUUCAUAUUAACCCUUAUGAUAAUGCUAAUAUCUUCUGAAAUACCAAGAAUUAUAAAAUUUAAAUAUUUAAGAUCUAACGGUAGAAUAGAAGAUGAAUCUAAAAAAGAAAGUUCGUUUAAAAGAAUUUGUAUAUCAAUAACUAAAUUAUUUGACAAUGGUGCUAUUUGGAAUAUAAUAAAUAAUAAUCCAACUACAGUAUCAGAAUACAUCUAUCAGGUGCUCAUCUUGCCACCAUUAACUUUUGCAUCAAGCAUAAUUAAAAUACUAUUUUUGAUAACAAAAUCUAUCCUAAUUGAAAAUCCUGUGAUACUUUUGACUUCAUUACUUUUAUUGUGGGCUUAUAGUUUCUUAGUUACAAUUAUUGUUUUCCAUACAAUAUCUGAACAAAUAACCGGAUUUCUUUCAGCAUAUAUAAUGGCCGUGAUCAUUUAUAAAUUUUUAUAA